UUGGGCAUAAACGCAUGUUGCGCUUGGAAGAUAUGGGCGCUAGAAGUAUAGCGUUUGUUAAGUUUAAAGGCAUUGGAAAUGUUUACGGAAUGUUUUGUUCAUAAAAUUAAAGGAUUUGAUGGAAAUAUCUAAAAGAAACGCAAUUACGUAAUGUCACAAAUGUUUCGGACCGUUGAUGACAAAGGAUUUAACCUCGACUUCAGAGAGCGGUCAUCCGUCAAUAAAGAAUCCAAAUCUUUCUGAAAGUGGUCCUGUUCAGCUCCCGCUUUAUGUAAAAGGACGUAAAAAGAAGUUUGCAACAAAAGCAGAACGAGACGAGCUUGCAAAAAAAGCUGAGCUUUGUCAUCAACAAGCCGACGAUCGUUCUAUUGCUCCUCAACCUAGUGAGGUAAAUCUUGAUUUUCUUGAAAAAAAACGUCAAGUUCUUAAAAAGAAACAAGAGCUUCUCAACCGAUCACAUUUGCAGAGCCGACUAAAUAUUACACACCAGUCAAAAGUAAAUAAAGAAUCAGUAAGAGAUAAUCCAAGUGUAUACGUAGGUGAUUAUAAUCAAUUAUUAGAAGAUUCAAAAACUAAAGAGCAUCAAUACAAAACAACUUUUUCUGCAAGUCCUAGUUUGACUUCUAAUAACUUAAACGUACAAAGUGAAAAUGUUGAAAAUAAAGAUUUUAACAAAAAUAUUGCGUUGCAACCAAAACUUCAAAGAAGUCAAUACUAUGAGAAACCGUUUGAAAAAAAUUCGAAAGAAGAAAGUUCAAUAAGAGAGUUUUUUUACAGAUUAAUUUGUUGCAAUAGUUUUUGCUCGCUAACCUUAUACAUUUUAGUAAUUUUUUUUGUUGCAGUUUUUGCUUUUACGCUCUAUAAAGUUGUGACAGUUUUUAAUGUGCCAAAACCAAAACAUCAGGUUCAUAAACAUAAACAUAACAAUGAAUCAAAUAAUCAAUUAAAAAAUUUUUAUGCUUCAAAGUUUGAUCAAUUUCAACCGUUUCCAGGAUAUAUAAAUGAAUUGCCUCAAUUAAUAAUGAAUAUUUCAAGUAUUGUUAAAAACGAAGAUGUCAAAAAUGUUGAUAAAAAUUUUUCUCAAACAAAAAAAACAAUAAUUCCUAAAGUUCAAAUACUUAAUAUAUCAAAGGAACAAACGGCAGUAUUAAAACCAGCUGCCGCAACAUCGCUAGUAUCAUCAACUACCCCAACUGCAGCAAAAACAACAACAACUACAACAACAACGACAACGACAACAACAACAACAACAACAACAGAAACAACAACAAAACGAACAACAACACCACCUACUCCAAAACCACCACCACCAUCAACAACAACGAAGAUCAAACCAACUACAAAAAGGACAACAACGGAAAAACCUACUUUUACCAAAUCUACUACGUCAUCAACAACAACCACAGAUACAUCAAAAAUAAAGGUUCCGACAUUAAGAACACUAGUUACAAUUAAACCUCCGAUGUAUCAAUCAACAUUUAGCAAUUUUUUGCAAUACCCUGUGUGGAACGGUCAAACAUGGAUUUGGUCAAAAAAGCCAGUUUUUGACACAAAGACUGCAAUGCCAAUAUAUAAUCAAAAUCCUAUUUGGAAUGGUUUUAACUGGGUUUAUACUACCGAAAGCUCUUUUAAAAGAAAUGAAAUUCCUUCCAGCCAAAUUUCUGAGUUUUCUUAUUUAAAACCAAUUGAUUUUUUAGAUGAAGUCUAUACAACAAUAAAACCUUUAACUGCUAGUUUGUUCUCGUCUUACAUAGGACAGAUUUCCCCAAGUAGAAAUUAUAACGAUCUAGAUACAUCUGAUAUUAUUGAAGUUAAUGAAGGAAAAAAUUAUCUUAAACAUUAUGUUCAAAAAGAUCCUUAUCCUUCAAGACCGCCGUUUGAUUCAAUUGAAAACUUGUAUCGUAACCCAAACCCCGAAGAAGUAAAGCCAAACGUUUUAAGACUUUCUAGAAUAAAAAUGUUUCCUACAGCUAUACAUGAUAAUAUGGAACCAACACCAAUUCACGAUGAUAACGAAGAUGACAUUGAUAACUUAAUAUCAGCAAAGAAUAAUAAAAUAUCUAUAAACAUAAACUUAACCAAUGCAACAAUCAAACCUACUCAUGAUAACUUCGAUGACAACCAAAACGCUGAUAAACGUCAAAGAGAUCGUCAUCGUCAACAUCAUCGUACUAAUCUAACAAGUAAAAAAAAACGAGAGCGUAAACACAAGCUUAAACUGAGAAAAAAAAUUAAAAAAAAGAAAUAUGAAAAUAAAGAGAAAAAGUCUUCUUCAUUUACUUUAAUUGAGCACACAACUACAACAACUGAAAAGCCGACAUCAACAAAGCGUCAAACAACAACAACAUCAACAACAACUUCAACAACUCCACUUCAAACAACUCCAUCAGUAGAUAAAACUAAUUUUCCACACCCAGACACUUCUAUUUCACCGUUAAAUAUGCUUGAUAUCAAAUUAAAUUAUCCGGAAAAACUUCUUUGGGAUCAGGAACAUCACAGUUUUAUUAGUGCAAAUGAUUUAAACAAUGUUGAAAAUUAUCACUAUAAAAAUGAUGGUUUAAUCGAAACUCAAAAGCAUGGUAUUUUAGACGAAGCUUUCGGAAAACACGAGGAGAGUGAAAAAGUUUUUGAUCUUCCUCGUGAGUUGAUAGAUCAAAAUGUAAACAAUAACAAUAAAUUAAAGUUAAUAGAAGAUCAAGUAGGACAAAGUUAUGAAUCUUUAGAAAAAACUCCAACUCAAAGUUAUUCCGCUGAAACAGAAGAAAACAAAUUAUCUGAUGAAAUACUUGAUUCUGACGGAAAAAAAUAUGCUUCUACUUUUUUGGAAGAAAAACCCACACACCGUCGUUAUUCACUUUUAGAGCUUUUUCACCGACACCGAAAAAUGAAUAGAGAACCUCAACAUAUAACUAAUGGCCAGCAAAAAGACUUGAUUGAAGCUCUGAAUAAUUUUGAAAAUAACCACCAUAAACAAUCAAAAAAUAACAAUGACAAUAAUAACAGCGGCGGCAAAGCAAAAAUCCAUUUUGAACUAUCAAGAGAUAAAGAUAAUAGUAAUGAUGAUAAAAUAACUCAACAUAUAUUAUCAAAAGACACAGAAGACAUUAAUAGUUACAGUGAAGAUGGACAAGAAAGUUUCCAAGAACUAAAAAAUAAAAUUGAUGAAGAUAACGAUUAUGAUGAUAGUGAAGAAAAUGAUGACGGGAACGCUGAUAGUGACAGUAAUGAUAUAAAAAAAGAUAAAACACAUCUUAAAAAGGAACUCGACGACAGAAAUAAUAUCUAUAAAAAAAAUAACGAUUACAGUAACGAACAUGGUGAUAAUGAUGAAGAUAACAUCAAACACAAAAAUAACAAUCAUGAUGAUAACGAUUACAGUAACGAUCAUGAUGAUAAUGAUGAAGAUAACACUGAAGACAAAAAGAAAGACAACGACUAUUAUUUUGAGAAGCAAAACAAUAAAGAUGAAACACCCGCAUUAAAACAAAAGAUAAAACCAAAUGAUAUUUUUGACAGACCAACUAAAAAAUUAUCGUAUUUACAAAAAAUAAAAGCUUUAAAAAAACAACUACACGCAAAUAAUAAAAAUCAUAUAUCGCACACAACUCGACCGUCAAAGCCAUUUUUUUUUCAUGGUAAACCAACAGUUUUAGCAAAAAAUGUAAAGGACAAAAAGAGAAAGAGAACUCGACACAAAACAAACAUUCGAAAAAAGAUAUUGAUACAUCAAGACAAAAAAUCGAGCCUAUUAAAUAAAAUUAAAGGAAAAGAGAAAACUGAAAACACUAAAAAAAAUGUAUUCAAAAGCAAUUCUAAAAAAAAGCAUGAAAUUAAUAAACCAUCUCAUCGUUUUGAUAGAUCAAUGUUGCUGUCACGAAUAACUCAAAAAAUAAGGGAGAUAGACAAAUAUAAACAGCCAAAUAAAAAAAUUGAAACUUUUAAAGUAAAAAACUGCAUUAUAAUAAAAACCUUCAAAUAUGGUACUGUGGUAAAAAUUAUAAAAGGACCUUUGAAAAAAAAAGGCAUUAUUUUCUAUACGAUCAGAACAUGUGAAAGAAUGCACGGAAACUUUAAUAAAGUUAAAUGCACCGAUAUAAAUUAUGAGUUAAAUACUGGUCGCUUAUCAAUAAAGCAAGAAAGAAAAGGAAGUAAGAAGGUAUUCUCAAUUAAUGCGUGUAAAGAAGAAGACUUGGUAAAUAACAUGGAGCACAAAGGUCCAAAAAAAGAACUCAAAGAAAUAAAGGACAAAAAUGAAGAAAGUGGAAGUGGUAGUGCUAGUGGGGAAGAGGGUAAAGAUUGGUUAAGUUUUCAAUACUCACAAACCACUAAAAAAAUCACACCUCCUCCGGCAAAAAAAGUUGUUUUAAAUAUUGAAAUGAAAGAAGUAUUAAAAAAUAAAGUACAUUCAACAGCAAAAGUAAAAAAUCUUCUAACAAAUAAAGUUAACAAAAUUACAUCUAAUCGUCAAAAAAAAUCCAAGCAUGAAAUAAAAACACUUAAUAAAAAAGAUAAAAAAAAUAAAAGUGUCCCACCAAUCACCACUCUUUCACCUAAUAAGGUUACAACAACGACUGAUCUUAUAGAUUUAGUAAAAAUCAUGGCUAAGUUUAAAAAUGAUAUCCAAAAAGAAACCAAGGCUCAGAAGGAAAAUGAACUUAUUAAUACUAUUAAAAAUAUUAUGGAGAUAAAUAAUUUAAAAUCAAAUAAUGAGAAUCACAACGAUCAUGAUUCAGCUAAAAAAGAUAUAGUUCCUCAACUAAUUGACCAAAAAAUGCCACAGUUAGAAGAUGUUAAUUCUAACUAUUCUACUUUAGUAGAAGAUCGUAGUUUAAUUUCAAAUACUGUAUUAAAAGAAGUAGAACCAACAACUAUGCAUCUAAAAGAUAUAAGUGAAAUACACCCAACCUUGAACCCAACCUCAAAAUAUCAAGAUGACAAAAAAACUGAUUAUGAUAACUUUGAUGGAGAAUUCCAAAAAGUCUCUGAAGGAAAUAUUAACGAGAGAGCAGGAUACAGAAAAAUCGGAAAUUUUGCUAAGCAUGAAAUAAGUCAAGUUUUAAACAACGCAAUGGAGCCAAAUGAAUAUCAAUUGAACGAACAGAAGAUUUUAGAUGAACAAAAAGUAUCAGAUGAUUACAGUGGUAAUGAUGAUUAUUACACAAAAGGAGAAGAUGAAGAAGGAAACAUGAUUAUGAGUAGAUUCAAAGGCAAAAAAAACGUUUACCCACAAAAGAUAUUAAAAAAACAAUCGAGCAAAAAUCUAAAUUAUAAACACCACCCAAAUCACGGUUAUGAAUUGAAUCACAAGUAUGAUUCAAAUCAUAAGUACAAAUUAAAUCACAAAUCAAAUCCUAAAUACGAAAAUAACUUUGACAAAACUGAAAAUGAUAUAGAAGAAUCAGAGUAUGAUACCACUCACAACAUAAAUGAUAAAAUUAAAAAGGAAGAAGAGAAUCAUUCAGAAGAUCAGGAAACAUAUUUUAAUAAUAGAGAGAAACAAAAAGGAAAACAUAAUUUAAGACAUUCUCAUAAAAUUCAUAAACACAAACUACUUAAAGUAAAAAGUAAUCACAACGAUAACACACAUUAUCACGAAAAAAAUAAGAUAAAAUUAUUGAAACAUCAUCAUGAAUAUAAUAUCAAACACGGAAAACAUGAUAGCGCUAAGUACAAAAAUUAUGAUAACGUCAAUUAUGAAAAAGAUGGUGAUGACAAACAUAAAAAAAACAGUGUCAUGAAACGCAAAGAAGAGGGUAAAAAAGAUGUUGAACAUGGUAGAGUUAAUCACCAAUCGAAGCAUUUUAGGAAGAGGAAUUAUCAUUUUUAUAAUCAUCAGCAUACGAAGAUUCAUCAACAUAAUAAAUAUGAUCAAAAGAAAAUACUACCUUCAUAUAAUGUAGGAGAAAGCGGAGACGAGAGCGAUGAAAGCGGAGAAGAAAAGUAUUCAAGAAGUCAAAUACAUUAUCGAAGUAAAAAAGAAAAUUACAAAAAAAAAAUCAACCACCAAAAUGGUAAUGUCUUUAAAAAAGAUGGCAUUCCACGACCAGUUGGAACUAAUGGAAUGCUAGGUGCUGAAAUCGACAACGUUGACUUAAUGAAACAGCAAAAACUGGAGAGCUUAAACAUUGAAAGCAUUGUUGCAAAAAUUCUGCCUGCAGUAGUUAAAUCCGUAUCUGCAAAUUAUACAGUUAAAACAACAUCAGCGCCACCAAUAGUUCUCCUUCCAACAACAAUAUCAAUAAAAAAAACGCCUACAAUUAACCCUGUGAGAACUAUACAUCAUACAACUCCAAAAAUAAAAUACUUAAAAACUUUACACCCUUUUCAGACCAAUCACUUAAAAAUAUCAAAAAAGCCAACUGUGUUACCUUCUAAAAAACAAACAGGUUCUCCAUUUAAACCAAAAACAACACAGAGUUCUACCCACAAUAUUGCUAAGGUACAUCCAACGAAUUUGGAAAAUCUAAAUAUGAUAAUUAAAGGUUUGAAAGCUUUAGGAAUAUCUAAAGAUAUCUUUGAUGAAAAAAGAGUCAAAGUUCCCACAAAAGCACCGUUUGUAUCGCCUCACCGCACAACACCAGUUCACCCGCACGUAAUUGCGCUUCACGACCCAAAGCGCAUUCGAAUAUUAUGUUUUGGCGAUAGCUUAACAGCUGGUUAUAAUAACCAUGGCAAGGGAUUUUUCCCUUAUUGUACACCACUUCAAAAAAUUUUAAAUGUUAAAUCGAGCAUUCCAGUUUACACUGAAGCUAAAGGAAUAGUAGGUGAAAUGACUCACAAGCAAAUGGUAAGCCGUCUACCAUUAGUUUUGGGUAAUGCAACUUAUGAAUAUGAUUGGGUAAUUAUUCUUGGAGGAACUAAUGAUAUUCUUCAUGUCAAAAAUUUUGCAGAUGAUCAAGAAUUUAUGAGUCAACUUGAAAAUGUAUGGCAACCAAGAAUUACUAAAGACAUUGAAAAGCUUCAUCAGAUAGCAUAUAAUAGUGGUGCUCACACACUGCUACUCACCGUUCCCGAAAACUCUAUUGAAGCCUGGCCCGAUUAUAAACCUUUAUUAAAAAUGAGACAGAAAAUAAACGAAUCUCUUCGAAAAUUUGCACAAAACAGCAACGGUAAAACUGUAUUAUGUGACAUAGAUAAAAAAAUGCCACGCCAUGCAUUAGGACCUGAACAAGAAUCAAAAUUAUGGGAUGACCAUUUACAUAUGACUCCAGAAGGUUAUACUAAAAUGGCAAACAUAAUUGCAGAUUGUCUGAAACCGUACUUGCCUCAUUAAUAUCUGUUUUAUACACAUAAGAAAAGUAGUUUGUAAAUACGUUAGAUACGUUAGGUGCGUUAGCUAGAUUUGACAGAAGGUAGUAAUUUGCAUUGACAAACUUUAUGUUCGGCAAAUUAAUCAAUUUUCCGUUAUAGAGAAAUAAAAUUCAAGAAUAAAAAGAGCUUCAGUUCUAAUGAAUGUUACUAUGGUUGCUAUAAUUAUUCUAAAAAUAAUUAUGCAUUAAAAAAUUCUUGUUGACGAUAUAUUUUAUAUAUUUUUUAUUUUUAAUAUUACGAAAUGCUUUGAUAU